CAAUUCAAUUCCUAUACUCAUUCAUGCAAACCAAAAAUUCACUUACAUAUAUGAUGGGAACGAGUUGAAGAAAUUAGAGAGUAGAGCUAUAGCUGGAAAACAUCAAUAUGGAGCUUGACACCUAUGACUUCUUGAGUUACUUACUGUAUCUCAUUCUCAUCAUUUGGAUAUCAAUUCAAGUCUUCGACUUAUUAUUUUCAUACACCAAAACUAAGAAGAAGCAUCUUCCACCAGGGCCAAGACCAUUUCCUAUAAUUGGGAACCUCUUGGAACUUGGUCACAAUCCCCAUAAAUCUUUAGCCAAGCUUUCCCACAUUCAUGGCCCAAUCAUGUGUUUGCAACUAGGCCGAAUAACGACAGUAGUAGUUUCUUCGGCAGACAUGGCCAAACAAGUCCUCCAAACUCACGACCACCUCUUCUCCAACCGAACCAUCCCAGACUCACUCCGAGCCUGCGACCAUCAAAUGCACAGCAUGGCAUGGCUUCCGGUCUCUCCUAGCUGGAGAAACCUUAGAAAAAUAUGCAACAACCACUUGUUUUCGGUUAAAGCUCUCGACGCUAACCAGAAUCUAAGGCACCAGAAGGUACAAGAGCUCUUAGCUGGUGUCCGUACAAUGGCGGAAGCAGGAGAGGCAGUGGCUAUUGGCACAGCUGGUUUUACAACUUCUCUGAACUUGUUAUCGACCACUUUUUUCUCCUUCGACUGGGAGGGUCUCGCCCCUUCCGACACGGCCAUAGAUCUCAAGGAGACUGUUUGGAAUAUCUUUGAGGCUGCAGGUAAGCCUAACUUGGCUGACUAUUUUCCGGUUCUUCAGAAGAUUGACCCUCUCGGCAUAAGGAGAAGCAUGGCUUUUCAUUUCCGGAAAAUGAUUGAUUUUUUCGACUGUGUGAUCAGUCAAAGACUAAAACUCAGAGAAACGAGUGGUAGUAGUAGUCCUGCAGAAGAAGAACAAGAGAAUAAUAUGUUGGAUACUCUUCUCAAUUACAUGGCCAGUAAAGAGAACAGAGAAAAUCAGCUUCUUGACAAAACGACCAUUGAACAUCUCUUACUGGAUCUAUUUGCAGCGGGCACUGAUACAACUUCGUCGACAUUAGAGUGGUCAAUGACUGAGCUACUCAAGAACCCAGAAGCCAUGUCCAAAGCCCAAGUAGAGCUCAAACAAGUCAUUGGGAAGGGAAACCAAGUGAAAGAAUCCGACAUAACAAGACUCCCUUACUUACAAGCCAUUAUCAAAGAGACCUUUCGUUUGCACCCACCAGUUCCAUUACUGCUGCCCCGCAGAGCUGAAAUCGAUGUCGAGGUCUGCGGUUAUGUAGUUCCGAAAGGAGCACAAGUCCUAGUCAACGUAUGGGCCGUUUCCAGAGACCCCAAUAUAUGGGACAAUCCCAAUGAGUUCAUUCCAGAGAGAUUUUUGGAGUCAAAUAUUGACGUGAAAGGCCGACACUUUGAGCUCACUCCGUUCGGCGGUGGACGAAGAAUAUGCCCGGGUUUGCCUUUGGCCAUUCGAAUGGUUCACUUGAUGUUAGGUUCUCUAAUCCACUCUUUUGAUUGGAAGUUGGAAGAUGGAGUUGACCUAGAGACUUUGAACAUGGAUGAAAAGUUUGGUCUCACUUUACAGAAGGCUCGGCCUUUGAGAGCUCUUCCUAUACCAACUGUUUCCAUGUAAUUUUAUCAUCGUGAUCACGGUGGCUACAUAUGAAUAUCAAAUGGUAUUUUACA